CAGCCCUACAAGGAGUUCGCUCAGCCCAGGAAAGGCGCCCACUCCCGGACGACACGCCGUCCUUGUUUCCGAUGGCGGAGCCCAUCGUCGUGCUUCCCGCGCCGCCCCACGAGGCGCCGAUCGGCGGCGCCGCCGAGCCUCCGUACCAGCAGCCUGCCGCCGAGGGCGGCGGCCUCGCGCUCGUCGGCGGCCGCGGCCCACCCAUGCUCAAGAGCAUGCCCUCUGCCAACUCGCAGUUCGCGAUCGAGCAGCUGAUCGGCCUCGCCAGCUCGUCGCCGACCAAGGAGCCGUCGCCGCGCUUCUCCCAGCCGGGCAGCGAGGGCGGCCAGAGCCCGGACCAGCAAGGAGCGACGCCCCCCAUGCUGUCCGAAGCCACGCCGCCUCACGAAGAGUUUGAACCGUCGGGCGGGCGGGCGGAGGGGGCGAUGCCCAUCGCGAGCGCGAUGGCCAUCCCGCCGGGCUACUACGCGCCCCCCCCCGCCGCCGCCGCCGUCCACUAUGGCCAGAUGCCGCCGUCGUACCUCGAGGCGACUCCCUCGCCUCACCUCGCGAGGCCGCAGGCGGCGGGCGAGGUUGGCGCAGCGGGCGAGCCGCGCGCGCCCCUCGAGAACUGGGCGCCCCAGACGGUCGUGCGCGGCGUGGCGCCCCACGUCCCCGUCCCCGUCGCCCUGCCCGGCGUCGAGCCCGGCACCUCGGCCGUGCCAAACAACAGCGCCAAAAAGGCGGCGACGGCCGCUGGGAAGGACAAGGCGAGCGGUCGCAAGGGGCGCGAGGUGGUGCCGUGGCGGCCGUCGGAGGACUCGACCAUCCUGCAGGGCGUGUCCGAGCACGGCUGCAAGUGGUCGCUCAUCUCGCAGCAGCUGCCCGGCCGCUCGGAGAAUGCGGUCCGCAACCGGUGGCACCGGCUCGAAAACGCGGAGCGCACGCGGCGCGAGGCGCUCGAGGCGGGGCUGCCGGUCGAGGGGUACCGCUGCCGCAAGUGCGGCCACUUCAAGAAGGGGCACAUGUGCCUCGGCCUCGAGACGGUCGCGCCCGACGGCUCCGUCAUGCCGACGCCCGCCGCGAGCGGCGCCAAGCGAGGGCGGGCGGCCGACGCGGCCAAGCCGCCCCGCAAGCCGCCCCGCACCCUCGCGCCCGGCUACCAGGGCAUGCCGCUGCAGAUGCCGCCCCACCUCAUGGGGCAGCCGCUGCCGCAGCACGACCCCUCCUACCCGAUGCACCACCCGAUGGUUGCCGCGCACCCGGGCAUGCAGCAGCUGCCGCCCGGCCAGCUGCCGCCCGGCCAGCUGCCGCCCGGCGGAGGGUACUACUACUACCACGAGACGGCGCAGCAGCAGUUCCUGCAGCAGCAGCGGUACGAGCAGCACCACCAGAUCAUGCAGCAGCACCACCAGCAGCAGUUUGAGCAGCAGCAGCAGCAGCAGCAGCAGCAGCAGCAGCAGCAGCAGCAGCAGCAGCAGCAGCAGCAGCAGCAGCAGCAGCAGCAGCAACACUUGGCUCAGCAGCACUUGGCGCAGCCGCCGCCGCAGCAGCAGAUGAUGCAGCAGCAGGGACAGCAGCCGCAGGGGCAGCCGCCGCAGCCGCCGCCGCACCCCGCGGCCGGGAUGAUGGCAGCGCGGCAGCACCCGCCGCCGCAGCAGCAGCUCCCGCCGCCGCCGCAGCAGCAGAUGAUGCCGCAGCCGGGGCAGCCUUCGCAGGGGCAGCCCGCGCCGCCGCACCUGCAGGGGCACCCGCACUUGCCGCACGUGCCGCAGCUGUCGCACCUGCAGUACGCCGCCCCCCCCGGGUACUACGCGUACGGAGGGCCGCCGGGCGCCGCCAUGGUGUACGCCUACCCGCCCUCGAACGACGCGUCGCCCACGGGGGAGGGCACGGGCGAGGGAGGCGCGCCCUUCCAGCCGGCGCCCACCUCGCCGCUCACCGCGCCGCUCUCGCCGAGCGGCAUCGAGGGCUUCAGCGACGACGUCGUGGGCUCGUUCCUCCACGACGCGCUCGAGUACAACAGCGCCUCGGCCAAGGUCGAGCCCCCCCCGCAGUGAGGCCGCCCUCGCGCCCCGAUGUUCAGCAGAGGCGACCCCCCCCCGCGGGUCUGACCGCCGCCGCCCGGAGCGGAGCCCUGAUAGACGGCGCGGCGGCCAUCGCGUGAACACCGAACACCCCCUUCCCCCGAACGGGCGGGAGGCGACUCGAUCUCAAGAGUAUUCGUUGCCACACUCUGCGCUGUACUGGCCAUUAUUAUGUUCUGUGCAUGUCUUGGGAGAUGGAUGCGUGUCGGCGCGAGCGCUCAGAGCGUGCGACACACUUGUCAAGCUGUCAAACCCCGGUGUUGAUUAGGUCUGCAGAGGGUGUCUCAAUUUGAGAGAUUGCAUUUUAAUAUCGUGGGAUGCGACCGC